AGGCCAGCUGAAGGUCGAAACCGUUAGUUGGCAAGGAAAGAGAUUGCAGACAUCUUUACAGAUCCUCCCAGAGGAUGAAGAUACUCCGCAUGUCACCAGAGAUGAGGCUGCGAGUCCCAUGGGAAGGUCCUUGAGAGAGAGGACUUCCAAGCUGGAGGCCUUGUGGGACCGUCCAGCCUAUCGCAUGCGGCGCUUCAACUUGACCGCGGAGCCAGGUGAACAUCCGUGCUGGGCGGGCUUCAAGUCCAUGAUGAGAGAUACAGAUCGAUGCAAGGGAUGGCAGAGAAGCUAUGUGCCCAAGGGCCAGAAGCAGUCCUUCUACAACACAGGUGCCAGCAGGUCGAGUAAUUUCACCUUAGAGGAUGUCGUCGCUGAUCAGAUCAACGUGUGGCUCGAGGAGAACUCCACCGAUGUGCAUCGAGACGUUGCUGUGAAGGCAGCAGAGAUCUACACCAAUGCUUUGGGAGCGGUUGAGCUGAAGCCGACCGAAGACACCGCUAGCUGGAUGGAACAAGAGUGCAAGGUCAUGGGCCAGAUGCCUUUCAUGUACUCGUGCUCCAACAAGAUCAAUGUCUUGGUUCAGAAAUGCGGCUUCGACAAUGCCUUCGUCAUGUCCAAUGACUAUUUGGUGAACUAUCCCGCGCCGGUGAACAACAAGUCAGAACCCAACAAUGACAUCAUCUUCUACCUCUGCACUGAGAUGGUGGACGGGAAUCCCAAUCCUUAUGCCCUUGCCAAUACCUUCGCCCAUGAAUUGGCGCAUGUGAUUCAGGGGGGAUUUGGCCACAGUUCGGGUGUAAUGAUGGAGGGUGGUGCCACCUGGUUGGAAGGGAAUCUUCUCAACUUGGCUCCCCGUCCUAUGAUCUUUGCAUGGGGCUUCCGCGAUUGGAAUCGUAUCAAUGCCGCGCACAUCUAUGCGGAGACCAAACAGACCAACGCCCGCAAGUUGCUGGGACGUGCUGGGACGGGCGGAUGGCAUCCUGCACUUCUGGCCCUUGAAAAAAGAGAUUCUCAGUGA